AUACGCCAUGUACCCCUGCAUCUCGUUCCCCCUGCCCCAGGAGUCUUCUGUCCUUGUGCCCUAUUGGCCAUCCCUGAUCAGGUGGACAGAGGAUGCCUAAAAUCUUCUCUAAGACUUGAAAACACUCAAUCAUUUGCCUCUCCGGUGUUCGUUAAAAGCAGUUGACGUGGCAUCUGCGUAGUUGACGACACCAGUCGGCCCUCUAGGUGAUCAGCUAGGACGGUUUUCUCCUUUUAUUUGGUUUUAAGCUGAAGCCGGGGUGUGAGCAUGGGGGCCGGAGCGAGCGCAGAGGACAAGCACUCCAAAGAACUUGAGAAGAAACUCAAGGAGGACGCAGAGAAGGACGCCAGGACAGUCAAGCUGCUGCUUCUGGGUGCUGGAGAAUCAGGAAAGAGCACAAUCGUGAAACAGAUGAAAAUUAUCCAUCAAGAUGGUUACUCUCUUGAGGAGUCUAUGGAGUUUGUCACCAUCAUCUACAGCAAUACCCUUCAGUCCAUCAUGGCUAUUGUAAAGGGUAUGACUCAACUCAACAUUGGCUAUGGUGACUCCGCUCAGCAGGACGACUCCAGGAAGCUCAUGCAUCUAGCAGACACCAUUGAGGAGGGCUCCAUGCCCAAGGAGUUGUCUGACAUCAUCAUCCGGCUGUGGAAGGACACUGGCAUCCAGGCAUGCUACGACAGGGCCUCUGAGUACCAGCUUAACGAUUCUGCUGGAUACUAUCUGAAUGACUUGGAGAGGCUGGUCCAGCCUGGAUAUAUCCCCACUGAACAGGACAUGUUGCGAUCCAGGGUAAAGACCACUGGUAUCAUAGAGACCCAGUUCGGCUUAAAAGAUCUCAACUUCAGGAUGUUUGACGUGGGCGGCCAGCGUUCAGAGAGGAAGAAAUGGAUCCACUGUUUUGAGGGAGUGACCUGUAUUAUCUUCAUCGCUGCUCUGAGCGCCUACGACAUGGUGCUGGUGGAGGAUGACGAAGUGAACCGAAUGCACGAGAGUCUCCACCUGUUCAACAGUAUCUGCAACCACCGCUACUUUAUAGCCACCUCCAUCGUACUCUUCCUCAACAAGAAAGAUGUCUUCACCGAGAAGAUCAAGAAGGCUCACCUGAGCAUGUGCUUCCCCGACUACGACGGCCCCAACACCUAUGAGGAUGCUGGUAACUACAUCAAACUCCAGUUCCUGGAUCUGAACUUGCGGCGAGAUAUCAAGGAGGUCUACUCACACAUGACCUGUGCCACAGACACAGAGAACGUCAAGUUUGUGUUUGACGCGGUAACUGACAUCAUCAUCAAAGAAAACCUAAAAAGCUGUGGUCUCUUCUAAGAGCCACGCCGUAUAGCCAUAUAGGCCUAACUCCUCCCCCUUUCAAACUGCAGGCAACAAUCUCAAGACCGGAUCAAGAUGAGAAACUGUCCCUACGAGCUGCCAUUCUCCAAUAGAUUACUACACACAUAUACAAAGACAUUCAUUCAUACAGUCCAACGCAGUAUCAUAACCAAAGACAAUUCAGUUAAUUUGAGACCUUGAUGAGCCCUGAGAGAGGUGUAAUGUCAGAUGAUCUAUCCUGUACAUAUGUUAUAAGUCAAUCAUAAUCAAGCUGUCAUACUUUCUUAGGAACUGUAGUUGAAUCAUCGACCCUUCGGUCAGCAGAAAGUGCUUCUUCUCCCAGACAGUAAAUGUGAAUAGGUGUAAGGCAAUGUAUCAUCUCUACGCUCCAGUAACUGGCAUAUAAAGCCAAAAGAGAUGGAAACGAGACGGAAACAAGAUGGCCUCCACCUGCACACGCACUUCAACUUGUGUUAUAAUAAGUUACAAAACCCAAUCAUUAGCAAAAAUGGGUUUUAAGUGUAGAUAAGGCAUACUAGAACAAAGAUUGAGCUGUUAAGUAUAGUGGGCACAGUAUGAAAGACCUCAAGCUACUGGAGAGGACCAAUGUCACAUGAAAUCGGACCAGUUCAUUUUUAUAUGUCAAACAUCAAAGAAUUGCAAAGGUAAGGGUAACUUGUAACUCUCUAACUGAUGAGCAACUGUAGUAAAAAUGCAGUAUUUUUAAGUUUGUCGCUUGGUCACAAACCAAUUUGAAUGCCUUGUAGGUCUUUGGGCCACACAUUCUGUACAGAAAAGACAAAGGAUGUUACUGUGAAAUGUGAAUCAGAUGAUGAGUUAUUAAAGCUUCUGUAGAAAACUAACCUCUCUGUGAACUACUUAUUGAAUAAAUUCCUCUCAGUAUC